AUGUCAACGAAUCAAAUUGCCUUCAAAAUGAAAAUAAAGCCAGGUCAUGCUGCUGAAUAUAAACGUCGACAUGAUGAAAUAUGGCCGGAAUUAUUAGAUUUGUUAAAACAACAAAAUAUUAGUGAUUAUUCAAUUUAUUUGGAUGAAGAAACAUCGAUAUUAUUUGCUGUGCAAAAUAUAGGAUCCACUAUAUCUUCCUCAAACCAAUCUUUAAAGGAUAAUCCAAUAAUGAAAAAAUGGUGGAUAUACAUGGCUGAUAUUAUGGAAACAAACAGUGACUCAUCACCAAUAUCUGAACCUUUAAAACUUGUCUUUCAUAUGGAUUAG